AUGAAGAUUAAACAUUUCAUUAGAUUUACUCUCAUUUUCAUAAUUUCCACCAUCUUUUUAUUGGAGGUUGGUCAUGCUAAGGUAACAUUGGAAUCAAAAGUAGAAAAGCUAAAUAAAGAAACACAAAUAAAUAAUGGAAUUGUAGAGCUAGAUUCGAGACUAUAUGAGGAAUAUACAGGGAAACCAAGGAAUUAUUCCAUGAUCAUACUACUCACAGCAAUGGAACCACGUUUAAAUUGCAAACCAUGCAGAGAUUUUGAACCGGAAUUUCAAUUGGUUGCAAGUAGUUGGCUUAAAACAGCCAACGACCCAUCACGCUUGUACUUUGGUGUUUUAGAUUUUAGAGAUGGUAAAGAGGUUUAUUCGAAGUUAAAAUUGAAUAAUGCUCCUUCAAUAUACUAUUUCCCACCAACCACUGGACCAUACGGAAAAGAGAUUUCAGAGCCUGAUAGAUAUGAUUUUAAUAAACAUGGAUUUUUGGCUGAGGAAUUAGCAGGAUAUUUAUCAAAUAAUUUGGGCACACGAAUCAGAAUUCAACGUCCAUUCGACUACCUUAAACUUUUUAUUGCCGUGUUCCUAUUGAUUGGAUCUUUGGCUACUAUCAAAUUGGCAUAUCCAUAUAUCAAGAGUUUCAUUUGGAAUAAAAAUACUUGGGCCACAGUUACAUUAGUUGUAAUAUUGUUGAUGAUUUCUGGACAUAUGUGGAAUCAUAUUAGAGGGCCACCAUACAUAAUCUCGCAAAAUGGACACAUCAGUUAUAUAGCACCAGGUUACUCUAAUCAAUUAGGAAUGGAAAGUCAAAUUGUUGCUAUUAUCUAUGGUGUUUGUGCAUUCUCUGUAAUUUCUUUGAUAACAGCCGUACCUAAAAUCAAUGAUAAAACCAAACAAAGAUUUACAGUAUAUGUAAGAGAGUUUAUAAUUCUCAUUAUCUCUUAA